AAAAUAAAAAAAGAAUAAUUUACAGAAUAACACAAAGAAGAAGAUUGUAUGUAAUAAAGUUAUGCUGAAUUAAAAAGUUAGUAUUUUGUUACCAAUAAUAAUUUUGAGACAAAAAGUAAUAUUUAAAUUACUGAAAAUUAACAAAUAGAACAUUUACCUAAUCCAUAAAAAGCAUAAUAUACAUAAUUUGUUUCCUCAAACUAAAACAAAAAUAUAAUAGAAACUUUAUAAAAAUUAGGAGAUUUUAAUUAUAAAGAUAAUAGAUUUUUUUCUCAAUAGUUAACAAAUUAUGAUUUAAAUUUACCUUUUUUGGGUCCUUUUAUAUUUUAAGGGGGAUAAAUAUAUAUAGGAUAAUGGAAUAACGGGAAUAGGCACGGAUAAGGAAGAUAAUAUUGGAAAGAGGGUAGUAUAUAUGAAGGAUAUUGGGAAAAUGGUAAAAUAAAGAAUAUAUACUAAAAAAAAAAAAAAAAAGAUCAAGCACAUGGUUUUGGAAGAUUAAUUUAUUAAUCAGGAGACGCAUAUAUAGGUUAAUGGAAAAACGACUAGUGCGAAGGAUUUGGAAUUUAUUAUUUUUUCAAUGGAGGAAAAUAUGAAGGAUAAUGGAUUGGAGAUAAAUAUAAUGGAAAAGGAAUAGAACAUUGGCCUGAUGGGUCUUUUUAUGAAGGAGAUUUCAUUAAUUAAAAUAAAUAAGGGAAAGGAGUGUUUAAAUGGAAUGAUUAAUCGAUAUAUUAAGGGGAAUUUUAUAAUAAUUUUAUGCAUGGAUAAGGGAAAUAUAAUUGGCCAGAUGGAAAAUGUUAUGAAGGUUAGUGGGAAAAUAAUAAAAUGUAGGGAAAAGGGGUUUUUAUAUGGAAUGAUGGAAAUAGAUAUGAAGGAGAAUAUUAUGAUGAUUUGAAAAAUGGAUUUGGUGUGUUUUAUUAUUCAAAUGGUAUGUAAUUUAUAGGUAAUUGGAAAAAUGGAAAAUAACAUGGAGAAGGGGUUAUUGUAGAUAAAAAUAAAAAAGAAUAAAAAACUAAAUGGGAUAAUGGUGUUUUAAUACAAUGGUUUAUUUAUUUUAUAAUAUAUUUUUGA